GCUUACUCACAAGGGAGUCUUUUCUAACAAUGUUGUUUAUGUUUUUAUUCUGUUAAUGGAUCGUUUGCAUCGUUCUUUAGGACUUGUAAGUUAAAACAAGGCAAUCUUUGUUUUGAUAGGGAUUCAAACGUCGACCCAGAAGUAAUUUUCCUCCUCAGUAGUUUGUCUUCGUCAGAGAUGGGAAUGUAUCCAUAGCAGAGGAAACAAACGUUAUCCAGCUAACUGUAACACUAUCCAAACAAACCUUAUUGUUUCACAUAUAUCAGUCAUAAACAGCUAUUUACCUCCGAACAUGGGCUCGAUAAUUAGCCGGAGAAUUGGUGGAGUUGAAGACAUCGAUAUUCAAGCGAAUUCGGCGUACAGAUAUCCUCCAAAAUCAGGAAAUUAUUUUACAAGUCAUUUCUUCAUGGGAGGAGAGAAGUUUGAUACGCCACAUCCUGAGGGAUACCUUUUUGGUGAAAACAUGGAUUUAAAUUACCUAGGCAACAGACCUGUGCAGUUUCCCUAUGUGACCCCUGCUCCACAUGAACCUGUGAAGACAUUGAGAAGUUUGGUGAACAUUAGGAAGGAUUCUUUACGACUUGUCAGGUAUAAGGAUGAUUCUGACAGCACACCGGAUGACACAGGAGAUCCUAGAGUCCUUUACGGAGUUGAAUUCUGCUUUGAUACUGAUGCUAGAGUGGCUAUUACACUGUACUGUCAGGCAUUUGAGGAGUUUGCCAAUGGAAUGGCAUUAUACAGCCCCAAGAGCCCUUCAAUGGUGUCUGAAACGGUCCAUUAUAAGAGAGGAAUAAAUCAACAAUUUUCUCUGCCAUCCUUCAAGAUUGAUUUCACCAAAUGGAAGCCUGAGGAGCUGAACUUUGAUCUGGAUAGAGGUGUUUUCCCUUUGGUGAUCCAGGCAAUAGUGGAUGAUGAUGAUGUCACAGGCCAUGCACAUGUUCUCUUGGCAGCUUUUGAAAGGCACGUCGAUGGCAGUUUCUCAGUGAAACCCUUAAAACAGAAGCAAAUAGUGGAUCGUGUGAGCUAUCUGCUGCAGGAGAUUUACGGCAUUGAAAACAGGAACAAUCAGGAAACAAAGUCCACAGAGGAUGAGAACAGCGACAACAGCAGCGAGUGUGUGGUCUGUUUAUCAGACAUGCGUGACACGCUCAUCCUUCCCUGCAGGCACCUGUGUCUGUGCAAUACCUGUGCCGACACACUGCGUUACCAGGCCAACAACUGCCCUAUCUGCAGACUCCCAUUCAGGGCUCUGCUCCAGAUUCGAGCUGUGAGAAAGAAAACGGCAAAAAGAGUUACUUUCAGCCCGGUGCUGCCCCAGAGCUCUGACCAUACUGAGCAUUCGAAUGCUGACAAUAUCCCACCUGGCUAUGAGCCUAUUUCUCUUCUGGAGGCCCUGAAUGGGGUGCAGCCGAUGUCUCCUUCCAUCCCAUCAGCACCUCUGUAUGAGGAGAUCCAGUUUUCGGGGGAGAUGGGAGAUCCGCUGACCGGGCGGCAGCAGAGCAUGGACACUGCAUCAAUUGAGGGCAAAGGCAGCAAGUCACCAGAUAGUUCUGCACGUUCUCCAUCAUCUCCCAUACAAGAGGAAGAGGAUGAAGAGAGGCUGUCGGAGCUCUCAGAUGCCCAGCCUCGGGCAGUUCUGCCAUGCUGCCUGACUCCCACUGAGACAACUCUAGAGGGCGUGUCCGCCAAACCUGGCUUCCCAAAUUCAGGUUCAGAGAGCAGAUCGUUGGGUGUGUCAGUGAGUGAAAUCCUACAAGACUGCCACAGUGAGCGCAGCAGUUUGAGCCGUACAGAAAGUGACCCUUCAGCAGAUUUGGCCCUGCCUGCAUCUGAGUCAUGGUCCACAGCUGUAGAGGAAUGUUGACUCUGGGUCAUCAGGGUCCACCGAAAGCCUGAAGAGUCAGAGCACCAACAGCUCCAGUCAGCCCUUGCUCUGCCUCCCCAGCACACUGCACAUGGAAGAUGAGCGUCUCACUCCAUAAUGACCAAGCCGUUCUUUCAUUCCCCCCAGUUCUCUGUUUUCAUCCCAGAGGAUUGUUGUUCAAUGAAGCGAUCAAAUCAAGUACCACAAUCAAAGUCUCAUGCUGAUGUGUUCAAAACAUUUCUAUGUAAAGUAGAAAUCUGUAACAGACAAUACAAAUGUUUAGCACGGUAGCUUUAAGAAAACUUCAUAAAGAUGAGAUUUUUAAGACUGUAAUAACUUUUAGCUUAACAGUGCACUGCUUUAAUGUUUCAAAUUCAUUUCUGCAUGUUCUUGUUUUAUGACUGCGUGAUGGAAAGUUUUUAUCGUUUGUAUAACCAGCAAAUGUACACUAAAUGCAUCAGAUUUUGACACUAUAUAAUCAUGUACCCAAGUAAUCACGUAUGUCGGUAUCUUAUAUAAUUUGUUUGUGCCUUACAGUAGUGUGUGGCUGUUUUUCCUUCCUUUGAAAUAUACAUACAUGAUGGGUAGUUUUUAGAUGGAUUUGCCAUCAUUUACAGCAACAUAUCUGAUGCUUUUUAGUGAAUCACUGCUGCUUAUCUACGUCAGGCACCUUAAAAGUAAUGUAUAUUUGUAUGUAGUUAAAUCAUUUUAUCAUAAAGUUUUGUGCUCUA